AUGGAUCCCGACCCUCACUACCACCAUGUCAACCUCACAGAUAGGCUGAAAUACUAUGCCGCGGAGCUGAGCUGGCCAUUCACUGCCCUUCACACCACGCUGCGUAGAAAGGGUCGUGGCAAGAUCACUCUCAAGGAGGAGCUCUUUCUUGCAAAAAUAUUCUUUGGUCGAUUCCCGCUCUCGGUGCUGCGCGCACACUUUGCUGGAGAUGCGUCGGCUGAUAGGGUGCUCAGCCACCCACGCUUUGUCUCUGUCAGGAAGAACCUCUACCAGCGCGUCGAAAAGCCAUCGUUUGCCGGGUAUUGGAUCUUUCGCCACUCUUUCACCGAUCCUCAGCCGCCUUCCUCCUCCGACAUCGUCCUCUGCUACAUUCACGGAGGUGGAUAUAUGGCGUGGCAACCGGGGACGUACAUGCCUCUGCUGAUGGCCAUCGUGGAGGCGGUCAUCAAGCGAGGAUUCACCGUCAGCCUCUUCGCGCUAGAUUACUCUCUAACCCCCGAAGCCGGCUUUCCGACCCAGAUCGGGCAGACCGCGGGCAUGUACAAGUACCUCGGGGACGAGAUGGGUGUGGACUAUCAGAAGGUCGCGCUCAUAGGCGAUUCCGCCGGAGGGCAUCUGAUUUUAUCCUUCCUCACGCACCUUCACAAGCCGACGCCGCUACUGUCGCCCAAUCCAUCGGAAGGGCUUCCCAGACCGGGCGGAGGCGUGUUCCUCAUCAGUCCCGGGGUAACGUUCGACACAUCCGGCCCGACGUACAAGACCAACGACGGCCUCGACAUGCUCAGCACCAGCGUGAUGAACAGGGUCUCGCAGACAUUCCUGAUCGCGUCGAAAGAAGCCGCCAGCGACGAAGCAAAGCCUUAUCGCGAAUUCGUUGACCCGGUCCCAAAUUGGGCGGAGAUCGUACCGAAGAGGGUGUACGUGAGCUCGGGAAGCCUGGAGGUGUUCGUGGGCGAUAUCGAGAAGGUGGUACAGGCGAUGCGAGACGCGGGCGUGGACGUGCAGUACUCCUGCGCGCAAAACAAGGCUCACGAUUGGCAGUUCACGGAUAUCCAAAAGAUCGAACAGGCAUGGUUGCGAACGCCGUUGGACAAGGAGAUCUCGGUGAAGCUGGCAGGAGCCGAGGAACUGGCGUUUGCGCUCGUUGGGAUGUUACCAGCCGGCCCACAAUCCGAUUGA